UUUGGCGUAAUUAUUGAGAAGGUAGUCAGUUGGUUGAAGAUGUUGAGGUAUUUUUUUGUUAUAGUGCUCGUAAUAAAUAAGUGUAAUGGAGAAGUAUCAGAUAAAGAGUAUGCCCGAAUGCCACCAGUUUUUUACCAAGAUAAUUUUGACAGAUGUAUGUUGUUACAAGAAGAGGCUCUGUACUGUUCUUUUCUUUACCAAUUGGAACCAUUAGAUAUUUCGAAUGUGACAGAUCUUUGGAAAAUAAUAAAGGAAGUAUCAUCAGACAACUUCAAUUACCGACAUGACCACCUGCGACACUGGAUUUGUAUUCCAUUCACCUGUCCAAAUAUCGAUUACUUGUCUGAAAAUAACAGCGACCUGGAAAAAGGAGUACAAGAAUGUUACGAUGAAAAAUUCCAUAGUUUAGGACUGAAAGGAAAAAUUCAGGAUUUGAAAUGUGAAACAACUGAAUCCAAAUAUCCCGUUGAUUGGCUUGACAUAUUAGUCUGCAUUAUUCUGGUACUGUAUAUCUGUCUCAUAAUUUAUUCCACAUUCUUCGAGUAUACUGCCAGUUACAUGACAGUAGAAAAGUACGAGCAACUCACAAAAACAAAGUGGGGCAGGAUAUUUUCAGCGUUUUCCAUACCAAGAAACUGGCGAAGACUGAUUACAGUUAAAAACACUCCCGAAGUGGAAACAUUCAAACCCAUACAAGGCGUUCGAUUUUAUAAUACCAUUUUGGUUAUCCUGAGCCAUACAGCAAUGAGUUUCGUUUUGGGACCAGUGUUGAACACGCAAUACACAGAAACCAUGAACCAGAAAGUGGCAAACCUAUUUUUGUCCAGUGGGCCUCUCUGUGUAUCGACUUUCUUCCUCAUAUCAUCAUUUCUUCUUGUCUACGGCAUAUUUUCCAAAUAUGAGAAAAGCGAAUUGAAAUUCGAGCAUAUGCUGGUUAUGUUCCUCAACAGGUUGAUAAGGUUGCUCCCAGCUUUGACCGUGAUAAUAAUAUUUCAAGCCACCUGGUGGCGACAUUUAGGGAAUGGCCCUAACUGGUGGAAUAUCGUAGGAAAAGAAUAUUUGAAUUGCAGAAAAAAUUGGUGGACCAACUUGAUCUUUUUAAAUACAGUUAUCGAUAGAACAAAUAUGUGUCUUGUUCCUACUUGGUACUUAGCCCUAGAUAUCCAAUAUUUUGGGCUUCUUCUCUUGACAAUAUGGGUUUUGAAGAAAUACGAAAAAUUCGUGUGGUGGAUUCUGGGUACUCUGCUUGGUCUGAAUAUGGUGGCCACUUUCAUUACAAACUACGUCAAUAAUAAUGAAGCAUUAAUGAUUCCUAGGCCAGAGAGCACCUACGAAAUGAAGAUUAUCCUAGACAACCCCCAAUGGCACACUCAACUGACUAGUUUCAUUGGCAACACUGCAGGAGGAAUUAUUGGACUGGGAUUCGGUUACUUCUAUUAUAAAACUAAAGGAAAGACCAUUUUCAAAAAUACUUUGUGGACCAACAUAGUUAUCCUCUUCCUCUCGUACGUGCCAGCUUUAUCGGUUAUUCUUCUACCUGGGGCGUACGUUUUGAUGGCUCAAGGUCACCAUGACGUUUUUUGGGCUUCAAUCCACGUGGCCAUCGGCAGGCCCAUCUUCGCAUUCUGCAUUGCAUUGGCAAUCUUGGGUGCCAUGAAUGGAAUCGGAUGGCUGUCAAGAUCUGUCAUGAUGUGGUCACCUGCCUACUUACUAGGCAGACUUGCAUACUGUGCCUAUUUGCUUCAUGCUACACUUAUUUUAAGUAGGCCUGCCACAAGUCGACAACCAGUUUAUAUAAGUGAUUACUCCAUAAUAUACCAUUUGUUUGGUGAUUUUGGAAUGUCCUAUGCUCUUUCUCUCGUUAUGGUUCUACUAUUCGAAAUGCCCAUUUCAGAUUUGCAGAAGCUUUUAAUGUCUGUAGACAAAGAUAGUGAAAAUCAUAGGAAGGAAAAAUAAUGCAAGUUUUGAGACAUUUUUUGAAAUAAAAUAUUUUCAAAAAUAGUUGGAGUAUUCAUUC